AUGCCUAGAUGCGGCAUAUUCAGCUUGCCGGGAGGCUGCCGGAAUACUCUCUUCCAAAAUAUCUCCUGGAGUCAGAGGCCCUCACUUAGAAUACCUGUCAAUUAUUCAAAGAUAACCACUUGCUCGUACCUGUCCAAAAAGGAAACAAGCAAAAGUGUCCGAAGCCAACAUGGAAGAAACCUUCACAAUAUCAAAGCGAGAGCCAUUUCGGCAACUAUGAGCGAUGCAAAAGUCUCUAACAUAACUGAAGAUGUUCCAUCACCUGUUCUUACACCUUACGUACCGCCAACUACUGGUCUUUUAUCAAAACUUCCAUCUCCUUGGGUACCAUAUGCCGAACUCAUCAGACUAGACAAGCCAGCAGGAACAUAUUACCUAUUCUUUCCAUGUCUCUUUUCAACUUUACUGGCGGCUCCAUUAACUGUCCCCAUGGUCUCACCACUUACCGUCGUGGGAACAUCUCUUUUAUUCUUCAGCGGUGCUUUGAUCAUGCGUGGUGCAGGAUGCACCAUCAAUGACCUCUGGGACCGAAACCUAGAUCCAAAUGUUACUCGAACCCGAUUACGUCCCAUUGCUCGAGGAGCCGUCUCUCCAUUCAAAGCCUUAGUCUUUACCGGAGGUCAACUUUUCGCUGGCCUCGCAAUCCUUCUUCAAUUUCCCUACCAAUGCUUCUUCUAUGCUACCCCAAGUUUACUUUUCGUGGCUGCGUAUCCGCUCGCUAAACGUGUCACUCAUUAUCCGCAAUUUGUCUUAGGAUUAACAUUCUCCUGGGGCGCAAUCAUGGGAUUUCCAGCUCUUGGAAUUGAUCUUCUCUCUGAUAGUGCUGCUUUGACAGCAACCGGAUUUCUAUAUGCCUCGAAUGUGGCAUGGACGGUUUUAUACGAUAUGAUAUAUGCGCAUAUGGAUAUCAAAGAUGAUGCCAAAGCAGGAAUCAAAAGUAUCGCAUUACGACAUGAUGCUCAAACCAAACAAAUCUUGACCGGACUCGCCAUAACUCAGAUUGGAUUAUUAACAGCAGCUGGUGUUGCUGUUGGAGCAGGACCAGUCUUUUUCGUUGGUGGAUGUGGUGGUGCUGCUGUCACUUUAGCCGUCAUGAUCAAAAAGGUCAACUUGAAGAGUGUGAAAGAUUGUUGGUGGUGGUUUGUUAACGGAUGUUUAAUAACUGGCGGUACGAUUUCUGCCGGGAUCGGAGGAGAUUAUCUUGUUCGAUACGUAGAGAGGGCUGAGAGCGAGGAGCCCGAAGUUGAAAAUGAACGAAGAAAAUCUUCUUUUACUCUAUAUGUAAUACUAGCAGCAUUAAACAACACCUCAUCUGCCCCUCCCCAAGUAUCAAAAACCCCUCCACCUAUUUCAUCCACAGAGCUAAGAACCCAUAAACUAGCUAUGACAAAGCCUUAUACUGAAGAUGAUAUUGCUGCAGCACUUUUUGCGAUUGCAGGAGGCAUGUCUAUGCGUAAGGCUUGCUCAGAAUAUGGUAUUCCCCGCACCACUUUACACAACCGUAUAAAUGGCCACCUUUCACAUAAAAAAGGUGCACAAAACCUACAGAAGAUAGCUCCUGUGCAGGAGAGAGCUCUAGCAAAUUGGAUUUUAGUACAGGAAGCCCUAGGAACUAGCCCUACCCAUCGUCAAAUACGAGAAUUAGGAGAGUCCAUUCUCAACCUCGAAGGAGGUGAUUUAUCUCUUGGCAAGCGAUGGAUACAUAGUUUUUUGGAAAGAAACCCAGAGAUUAAGACUAAAAGGCAAUAUAAAAUCGAUAAUGCCCGUAUCAAUGGUGCAACUACCGAAAUUAUAAGCAAGUUCUUUGAAAAGUUGGAUUUACCAGCAAUUAAGUAUAUCAAGCCCGAAAACAGAUGGAAUAUGGAUGAAGCUGGUAUAAUGGAAGGCCAAGGUCUCAAUGGUAUGGUACUUGGGAGUUCAAAGCGACGUUUUAUUCAGAAAAAGCAACCCGGUUCAAGAACGUGGACCUCUUUUAUUGAGUGUAUCUCAGCUACGGGAAGAGCACUUUUACCUUUGGUUAUAUUCAAAGGUAAAACACUUCAACAACAAUGGUUUCCCAUUAAACUUGAUAACUAUGAAGGGUGGGAGUUCACUGCUACAGAUAAUGGGUGGACUACGGAUUCUACAGGUUUGGAAUGGCUAAAAGAGGUGUUUAUACCACAAUCAGCACCAACUCGACCGAAAGAAGCAAGACUCCUUGUUUUGGAUGGGCAUGGAAGCCAUGAAACCACUCAAUUUAUGCUUGAAUGCUUCAAGAAUAAUAUACACCUCUUAUUUUUACCACCCCAUACAUCGCAUGUACUACAACCUCUUGAUUUAUCAAUAUUUUCACCUCUGAAAAAAGAAUAUCGAUACCACCUCAAUACUCUCGAUUCAUUGACGGAUUCUACUCCCAUUGGCAAAAGAAACUUUCUUGCCUGCUAUCAGAAUGCUAGAUUAAAAGCUUUAACACUUCGAAAUAUCACUUCUGGGUGGAAGGCUUCAGGUUUAUGGCCUCAAAACCGCGCUAAACCUCUUUUGUCCAGAUUAUUGCUCGAAAACAGUAAUCAAGAGGUUGUAUAUCAAAAUCCUGUUUCAGAUGAUGAUCCCGAGCUUCAAUGGAAUAUACAUUCAUCUUUUAUUGCAUGGAAAACCCCUCAAAAAGGAAGUGAUAUUCGAAAAUAUGCUGAUAUAAUGGAGAAAGUUGAUGAGACCGAUAUUCCAACUCGCCGGCUGCUUUUUCGAAAGAUUCAAAAAGGAUUUGAUGCUAAGGACUAUGAACUUGUACAGUCCAAGAAACGAAUAAAGCAAUUGGAGCAAAAAUUAGAAGAGAUUAUACCUAAAAAAAGAAGGAUGGUAAAAACUAGUCCAAAUUCGAGGUUUGCAGGGAUAGAAGCUAUAUAUCAAGCUCAAAUUGAAGCUGGUGAUCGGGAAAUUGAGAUAAAAGACUCUGAUAGUGGUCCAAAAGAGGGGUGGUCCGAAAGUGGGGUACUCAACUUUGCUGGAUAUCACAAAUCCCAUUCCUAUAUCAUUCCAUAA